AUGGUACCAGCUUCUGCCUGCUUCGAUCGAGAUUGCAUGGGUGAGGCAAACGUGGGUGUCUACUAUAACGACAACAACGGAAACCAAACCGACUACUUCGACCGCGUCUUCGAUAACAUCCACGUCAACAUCGCCAGCAACAUCAACCUCCAAGGCUACAGUAACAAUGACAACAAAUGUGCCCCAGACUACUACGACGACUACUAUUGCUACUACAUCCCUACUACUACUCCUGAACAAACAACGACAACGAAAAGUACAACAACGGAGGCUCCUUCUACGACAGUUAAGACGACGAGUAUAACCUCUACCUAUCCACCAUCGACUUCAACAAUACCGAGUACCACAACCAUCCCUUCUACUAUAACUACCAAUGCUGGUACCACAAAGGCUAUCACCAAUCCAACAACAGCGACAACUGAGUCCACAACGACUAGCCAAAUUACAACUGUAUCUUCAACCUUGCCAACAACGACCACAGCAAUACCAAGUACUACAACAAAUCCUCCAACAACAACAUCCGCUACUACUUCCACAAAUACCGAGUACUACAACAAAUCCUCCAACAACAACUGCUACUUCCACAAAGCUAAUUACUACUCCUCUUCCAACAACAACGACGGAGGCUCUUACUACGACAUGUUCAAGUAUGGAACCACCACGAAACAACUUAGCACAACAACUCGUCCAAUGGUCCUGAGUACAACAACAGCGAAGAUAACCACCAGCGCUGGAGGAUCUACGACAACGUCUAAACCAACAACGGCGACUGCAACCGUAACUAGUACCACUACCAAGCUGCCUUCCACAUCACCAUCUACAACAUUGUCCACCACAAAAGCAGCAACGGGUACCACCACAACAGUACCUUCAACAACUCCGUCCACUACGAAAGCAACAGCUGCCACUACCACAACGGUACCUUCAACAACUCCGUUCACUACGAAAACAGCAGCGGCUACGACCACAACGGUACCUUCAACAACUCCGUCCACUACGAAAGCAACAGCUGCCACUACCACAACGGUACCUUCAACAACUCCGUCCACUACGAAAGCAACAUCGGCGACCACCACCACAGUACCUUCAACAACACCGACCACGACCAAAAUGGCUGCGGUUAAUACAUCGCCAGCUACCACUACGACAAUUCCAUCAACAACACCAUCUACUACCAAGGCUACAGCUGCGAAUACAACACCUCCUAUCACCACGACCAUUCUAUCCACAACAACCACAUCACUGACAACUUCGACAGCUAAGCCUACUACAACUAUCGCCUCAGCCACUUCGGUUACUCCUUCAACAACAACAGCAUCAUCAACAGCGCAGCCGACGAUUCCUAUUCCUACUACGAGUACAGCUACUAGCCGCACUACAACAUCUCAGACGCAUCAGUCGUCAAGCGUUGCCUCGAAGAAAAUCGCGGCACAAGAUUCUGCGGAAGACGAGCCAGAGGAGGACAUCGAUUACGAUUAUGAAGACUACGAAGAUGGCAACGCUAAGCAUAACAGUAAAGAGAAGAAGGAAAAGAAAGAAAAGGGGAACAACGGUAAUCAUUUCGGUAAUAACAAACCAAAGGGCAUCAAGGGAGGUUAA